UGUAGGCGGAACAGAAACAAAAAAAACAGAAAAAUCCAUCUCUUUACAACUAAACUAAAUAACAAUCCACUCUUAGUCCUUAAAAAACCACUCCACUCUUUCAAAUACACUCGUUUCUGUUUCAGUUCCCACCGAGACCUCAAAAGGAGCUGCCUUUUCUCUUUCUACUUUCUCUCUCUAGAAAUUCCUUUUUAUUGUUCUUUUUUCUUUGUUCUUUUUGUGCUUUCUAGUUAAGUCUACAGAUUUCCUAUCUGGGUUUUAUGGUCUUUGAAGAUUAAGGAGUUGUGCUGCUCUGUUAAGUCUACAGAUUUCCUAUGGCUGUGCUGUUCUUGCUUUUCUUAUUGGUAGUUUCUGGAGUUUCUGCUGAUGAAGAUGCUUUUAUUGGUGUAAAUAUUGGUACUGCCCUCUCAGACAUGCCAAAUCCAACUCAGGUGGUGGCCCUUCUUAAGGCUCAGAAUAUCCGACAUGUCAGGCUUUAUGAUGCAGACCGGGCCAUGCUCCUUGCACUUGCCAACACAGGGAUCCGUGUAACAGUUUCUGUUCCUAAUGAGCAGCUCCUUGGAAUUGGUCAAUCAAAUGCCACUGCAGCCAACUGGGUUUCUCGUAAUGUAAUAGCCCAUGUUCCUGCUACCAACAUCACAGGCAUAGCAGUUGGAUCUGAAGUUCUAACUACUCUUCCAAAUGCUGCCCCAGUCCUUCUCUCUGCCCUAAAGUUCAUCCACUCUGCCCUUGUUGCAUCUAAUCUUGAUGACCAAAUCAAAGUCUCUACUCCACACUCUUCUUCCAUCAUCCUUGACUCGUUUCCCCCUUCUCAAGCUUUCUUUAACCGUACAUGGGACCCAGUCAUGGUUCCCUUGAUCAAAUUUUUGCAAUCGACUGGGUCAUACUUUAUGCUGAAUGUAUAUCCAUAUUAUGAUUACAUGCAAUCAAAUGGUGUGAUUCCUUUAGACUAUGCUCUUUUCCGUCCCCUCCCUCCUAAUAAGGAAGCCGUGGAUGCUAAUACACUUCUCCAUUAUACUAACGUCUUUGAUGCUAUAGUUGAUGCAGCAUAUUUUGCAAUGUCCUACAUAAAUUUCACCAAUGUUCCCAUUGUUGUGACUGAGUCUGGUUGGCCUUCUAAAGGCGACUCCUCUGAGCCAGAUGCAACAGUUGAAAAUGCAAACACUUAUAACAGUAACUUAAUAAGGCAUGUCCUUAAUAAUACUGGCACUCCCAAACAUCCUGGGAUUGCAGUUAGUACUUAUAUUUAUGAGCUUUAUAAUGAGGAUAUAAGACCUGGACCAGUUUCUGAGAAGAACUGGGGACUCUUUGAUUCCAAUGGCGUGCCAGUUUACAUCUUGCACUUGACAGGUGCUGGUACUGUGUUGGCAAAUGACACUACAAACCAGACCUUUUGUGUUGCGAAGGAAGGUGCUGACCCAAAGAUGUUACAGGCAGCACUAGAUUGGGCUUGUGGACCAGGAAGAGUUGAUUGCUCUAUUUUAUUGCAAGGUCAACCAUGUAAUGAGCCAGACAAUGUGGUUGCACAUUCAACAUAUGCUUUCAAUGCUUAUUUUCAGCGGAUGGCCAAGUCUCCAGGGACCUGCGACUUUAAAGGCGUGGCAACCAUUACUACCACUGACCCAAGUCAUGGUUCCUGUAUAUUUCCUGGAAGUGCUGGAAGAAAUGGCACUUUUACAAAUACCACAUCGCUUGCCCCAUCAUCCAAUUCAACGAGUUCUGACAGCCCUCCACUAUAUCUCUAUAGUGCAAGUUCUUUUACAAUCCCUGUGAUUAUGGCUGCUUUGCUAAUGAGUGCAGUUUUCUUGUAAAACUUCUCAUUUGUGUUGUAUUGAAUUCUUGGAAGCCCAAAGUUUGUAAAAAAAACUCGGUUUCAAUUCUCCUGGACAACUUACAGCAUGCCCAAUUUUGGUUCUCCAGUGUAGGAGUUAAGGGGUGAUGUGGUUGAUUGAGCAUAGAGCCAUGAAGUAGUUCCCAUGUUCUAACAUGAGAUGGUCAUUUGAUUUUGUACAAACCAGCCAAAAGGAUUAUUUGCUUGGGAGUUUUGUUGUAACUAUCUCAUUAGGGUGAUAUGGAUGUAUUCUUUAAACUGUAUUUGGAACACCUUCAUUCUAUUCGCUAGUAUGACGAUUUUUUUAGGCUGCACAAUUUUGAUGAAAUUGUUUCUUCCGGCUACUAUUGUUUCCUGCACAAACAGUAUGCAGUGACUUUAGUAUAGAAUUCUGCAGAGCGCAUUGAGGCGUUCGAAUUUAUGUUUCA